ACAAAACAAUCAUGACUCUUGUAAUUCAGCCUACGUUUUUUAUAAAUCAUAACGGUUGCUCUGUUUACCUACACUGUAUGCCGCAAUAAAUGACGAGUCGCCCCGGUAAGUGUAAACUGGCUUGAGAGAGAUGUCAUCUCCAGGCAUGGGCACCCCCAGUGACCCCCUUUUGGCCAGUCCAGGAGGGAGGUUAUCCACAGCUCAGGAAGGUAUCUGGAGGGGCUCACUUCCCAAAACUGCCAGCUUUCCCAUAUCCACCACUCGGCACCUCAGUCACCGAGCCAACAACUUCCAAAGACAGCCAAAGCGUCGGAAGCUGAUAAGACCUUCUCCACCUCCACCACCUAACACACCCUGUCCCCUGGACCACCUGGACCUCAGUGAACUUCCCCCGAGACGAACCUUCCAAGAGCUACUCUUCAAUGGCUGCAUCUUGUUUGCUAUUGAAUUUAGCUAUGCCAUGGAAACAGCUUACGUGACUCCUGUGCUUCUUCAGAUGGGCCUGCCUGAUCAGUUCUACAGCUUGGUGUGGUCUAUUAGCCCCAUACUGGGAUUCCUCGUUCAGCCUCUCAUAGGAGCGUGGAGUGAUCGAUGUACAUCCCGGUUUGGGCGAAGGAGACCUUUCAUUUUUGCCUUGGCUAUAGGUGCUUUGGUUGGUUUAACACUGGUGCUGAACGGGCGGGACAUUGGAGUUGUUCUGGCUGACACAGCUUCAAAUCACAAGUGGGGAAUUAUCCUGACAGUGUGUGGUGUGGUUCUGAUGGACUUCAGUGCUGAUUCAGCCGACAACCCGAGCCAUGCCUACAUGAUGGAUGUGUGCAGCCCAGAAGACCAGGAUCGGGGGUUGAACAUCCAUGCACUGCUGGCAGGACUGGGAGGUGGAUUUGGCUACAUAGUGGGUGGUAUCAACUGGGACCAGACACACUUUGGAAGAUCAAUGGGAGGUCAACUGCGGGUCAUAUACCUGUUUACUAGUAUCACUUUGGUGAUCGCCACAGCCAUGACUCUGAUGAGUAUCCCUGAACGGCCUUUACCAAAGAGCCAGCCAAACAAAAACUCCAGCAAAAACCAUCUGAAGAGUCCCAGCCUUCCUCUUCCUCCCUCUCCCCCUGUUCACCCUGGAUCAGCUCUGGGACGGGAUGAAGAAGACGAGGAUGGUCUUUACAGCUACAAUUACUCGAAAUCUCACCCUGCUGGCCCUCUGGCCCAUUCUUGCAGCGGCCUCAGUCUUGCUAGCCCCAUAUCCCCCCUGAGCCCCCUCACUCCAAAAUAUGGCAGCUUUAUAAGUAGGGACAGCUCGCUCACAGGCAUCAAUGAGUUUGCCUCCUCGUUAGGAACCUCCUAUAUAGACAGUGUGCUCAUAGACUGCUAUACAGGUCAGCAGAUGCCACAGGCCCUGCCCCCCAAUGCCACCACUGCACCCCUGCCUCCAGGGGGCUCCCCUCCUCCGGAGGAGUCCAUACAGGGGGCAGGGAGCAAUCCUGCAGGACAGACCCAGGCUGAUGUGGUGUCUUGUCCGGUUGGAGAAGCUCAGGAUGUAGAAGCACCCCAGCCCGAAGGAGAUGCACAAUCUCAUGAGGCAUCUCAGGUCACAGCUGGAACUGGAGCUCAGCCUGCUGCAGGGUCACAUCGGGGCUCCACUGCUGGUAUCCUCAAGCGACCCCAGAGUCUUGCGUUGAUAGAGGAGCCCAUGGCAACACAGAUUGUUGGGCUGGAGAAUGGACGCAGGAGAACAGUGACCUUCAGCCAGCAGGUUGCAAACAUUUUGCUGAAUGGGGUGCGAUAUGAGAGUGAUCUGAGUGAGAACAUGGAGACAGGAGAAUCCCAAAUGUCAAUGAAGCUGCUGUGUAUAGCCAUCUACAGGAUGCCUCCCUCUCUGCGGAGUUUAUGCACUAAUCAUUUUUUAGGCUGGCUUUCCUUUGAAGGCAUGCUGCUCUUCUACACUGACUUCAUGGGGGAGGUUGUGUUCGAAGGAGACCCCAAAGCACCCCACGACUCUGAGGCUUACCAACGCUACAAUGCUGGUGUUAGUAUGGGCUGCUGGGGCAUGUGCAUCUAUGCAUUCAGUGCUGCUUUCUACUCAGCCAUAUUGGAGAAACUGGAGGAGCGUUUCUCUCUUCGCACUCUCUAUUUUUUCGCCUACUUGGCGUUUGGUUUGGGCACAGGCCUUGCCACACUAUCCACCAACCUCUAUGUGGUACUGUCUCUCUGUGUCACCUAUGGGGUGCUCUUCUCCUCUCUAUGCACGCUGCCUUACUCUCUGCUGUGUGAAUACUACCAGAGUCCUCAGUUUUGUGGCUCAUUGGAGGAAGGGACCAAACGAGGGAUGGGGGUGGACAUCUCUCUGCUCAGUUGCCAGUAUUUCCUGGCUCAGAUCCUGGUCUCGGUGGCGAUGGGACCUCUGACCUCACUGGUGGGUGGGGCCCAGGGAGUGAUGUACUUUGCAAGCCUGAUGUCAUUCGUGGGCUGCCUGUACUCUUCUCUCUGCGUGGUGUACCAGCUGCCCCCCCCUGAGGGAAGAGGAGAAGUUGAAACUGGGGUGUGAAUCAGCAUUCAGUCGGAAACCGAACAAAAGAGAAGAACAGCAAACAGAGAGAAGACUCAUGUGAACUAUGGGUCACCCCGAAGGUGGACAACAGUGAGACAAAAGACUGUGGGGGUCCGUAGAGCCAGCAGCAAGUACUUAUUGGCAUCAUUAGGGCGCAUGCUUAAGGUAGUAGGCUUCUGCUCCACCACGCUAUGCCCAUCAACUCAGUGUAGUGAUGAUCUUACAUUUGUUGGCCAAGUUCACCACAGGAAUUAUCAGACUUUAUUCCUUUUCCAUCCUAAAGCAGCCAUCUUCAUGGUACAUUUAUUUUUUACAUCUGUUAUGCCAUGGCAUACAAUAUGCUUUGUCUGUUCAGCCUCAACACAGGUACCAAGUCUGACUUCAGGGCUUUAACAUAAGGUAAACUUUGGUAUGUAUUCCGUUUUAAACUUUUCAUUGUGAUGGUUUCAUUGACUGGCUCACACAUUGAGCACCCCAACAUUAUUGCUGCCUCAGCAGUGUCAAUAAUUGCCUACUAUUAAAGCCUCCUGGACUGACUGGAUGCACACCAUGCUAAUGUUUCUGAGGAAACUAAUUGUAUGGCUCAUGCUGUUGCAGCUUGCUUGAGAAAAAAAAAAAAAACACCACAUUUGAGCUUUUGUGUUAUAUGGUACCACCUAUUGCUCAAUAUUAGCAGUGUUACUGUAAACGCUACUUUUAUUCAGGGUUCAGUUAAAACUAAAAUGAUGAUUUUGCCA